GAAACACACGCAUCUGGACUGCCUUAUCUAUUGCCAAGGCUUGGUAGCACCUGCUAUCUUUCGGCACCACAGAAGAAGGGCACUUUACCCUCCUACAACAGGGAAACAGUUAACAUGACCAUGGAUAUGUUCUUGUGUUUAUUUGGACUGGCUUGGAUACAGCCGUUUACUGUGUCCCUGCACACCGAACAUAUCAGAGUAAAAACUAACCACGUGUUGCAUGUGAUAGAUGACAUGUUUGUCGGGGUUAACAUUGACAGCGGACGGCUGAGGUACAAUCUGAAGUUUCACAAUGUAAGCUCUCCCAAACUGCUGGCCCUUGGAAAAGCUUUAGCACCCGGGUAUCUGAGAGUCGGGGGCACAUCAGGGGACUACAUGGUGUUCGACCCGACUCACGACAUUGCUACUGGACAGCAGUUCCAGCUCCGAGCAACGACCUGGGAUGAUCUCAACAUGUUUGUUCAAAAGAUUGGACUCAAACUGGUGAUUGGUCUUAACCUAAUGCUCCGUGACGGAACAAAGUGGAACCCAUCAAAUGCUAAGCUGUUGCUCAAAUAUUCCUCUGACAAAGGGUAUCCUUUUGCCGGGAUUGAACUGGGAAAUGCACCAAACUUUUAUUACCGACAAUGGAAUACAACUGUCAGUGAAGCGCAACUGGCCAGUGACUUCAAAGAGUUAAAACAAGUCCUCCAAGGAACGGCCUAUAAGUCUAGUCUAAUCCUCGGACCUGACGUGGCCAGUUAUGAAGACAAGUUUUUAAACAACUUCCUGACCGAUGGCGGAGCCAGUGCCGUAGACGUCCUGACCGUCCAUCAUUACUACUUUAAUGGAAACACAGCGAAACUCGAAGACUUUUCUGACCACUCUAUAAUGGACCGUCUUAUAUCCGAAGUUCAAACAGUGGUGGGUAUGGUGCGAAGCUAUCAUGGCCUGGUGGCGUGGCUAGGGGAAACUUCUUCUGGCUAUGGAGGCGGCACUCCUGGCAUUGGCAAUAGAUAUGUGGCAGGCAAUCUGUGGCUUGAUAAACUGGGAGUGUCAGCAAAAUAUGGUAUAAAAAGGGUCAUGCGUCAGUCAUUCUUCGGAGGGCAUCACUCACUUCUUGAUGACAACAGCGACCCUACUCCCGACUAUUGGUUGACGCUUCUUUACAAGAGACUUGUUGGCAACAAAGUAUUUGAUGUUCCAUCCUCAUCGGACAACAUCCGACUAUAUGCCCAUUGUACGAAGCUUAACAACGUAUAUAACUACAAGCCUGGAAGCAUCACAGUGUAUGCCCUCAACUUGAAUAAAGACCCCGUACUCCUGACUAUAUCGGAUCUGAACAUCAAUAGCAUGGACAGAUUCUGGCUGACUCCGGAGGGAGGAAACCUUACGUCAACAAAAGUCCAACUCAAUGGCAACACUCUGGAACUUGUCAAUAACCAAAUACCACACAUGAUGCCAAGAUCUGUUGGAAGUGGGACAAUGAAAGUACCCGGAAACUCAUUCGGCUUCAUCGUCAUCCCUGACGCCAACAUCGCGGCAUGUCAAUCACAAGGCCACGGUACCAUUGUCGGAUAGCCAUCUGAAAAUUGUAAUAAAAUGUUUACAAACUGC